GUGACGGAGCAACACAUAUAGCAACUGCGCACGCCGCUGACUUGCGCAGCGGCAUGCGGGCGGCAUCCGGCACAACGGCGCAACGCAUAGUUAUCAGAAUUCCAAUGAGUUCAACGUGUAUAGACUUUCACUUGGGCAAACAUAGUAUUGUUGACGACGGCUAUCGAGCGGACAGCCGUGUAAGCCUCCCUGCGCCCCGACUCAAACUACUGGCGAUGAUGAUAACUACAGCUUAAUUUACAGAGCCCAUGAUUUUGAUAGGUUUUAGCGAGUGAACUAUGUUGGCUCGACUUGACCGUGCUAUGGCUUCUCCUCCCUGAAAACCAGCAUACGGUUGAGCUCAAUGGGUGUAGUCUGGAGGAGAGGGCUGCUGGCGGGGCUCCUCCUGUGCUUGGCAUGGUCUCAGCCAUCUCAGGCGUCGGCAAGCGCCCAGCUUCGCCAGCUCCUUGCGGCGAACGUGAAUUCAACCUGUGCCUCUGCACUUGUGGAUUCCUUGACUCUUCCGAAUGCGACCUCAAUAUUUAUGGAGGCGCCGGCAAAUACGACUGCGAUGCGGGAGCACUUGCUAGCACUCGUGGAUGCCAUUCUGCAGGGCGACAAACGCUGCACAGACAGCAGCUCUCUUGAGCUAACGUGGGCGCAAUACCCGAGCUGGGUGAACGGUGCUUUCACAGAAUGGAUCUUUGAUUUGAUGAUGGACUCAGCCACCGCGCGCUAUUUCGGCAGCGUGACCUUCAACGGGCCGCAGGAGCUGCCGCCGCCCUCCACCCUAGGCCUGGGUUCAAGCCGCACCACCGGCACCUACGCCAACAGCAACAGCAGCAGCGCUCUGGCAACCACCUCAGGCACCAGCUCCAGCUCGAACACCAACAGCUCCAGCUCGAGCUCAGGCUCAGGCUCGGGCUUGGGUGCGGUUGAUCCGUCCGUGCUCCGUGACUACGCGGCGCUGACCAAUCCGUUGGUGGUGGUCUACAGCGGCGACCUGUCCGGCUUCGACAUGGGCUUCGCGGUGGAGCAGAAGGGCGUGGGCGAGUACCCGGAGAACGCCUGCGUGGACCUAGCUAACCCGCGCGGCCCGCUGCACCCGCGCGCGCAGCUGCUGCUGUACUACCGGGCCGACGUGCUGACAGCGCUGGCCGCUGCCGGCGCCCUGGCUUCCGCAGCCCCUCCCGCCGACUGGGACGAGCUGGAGGCUGUGCUGGCAGCGCACGCGGCUGCGGUGGCUCUGGGGCCCGGCGCGGGUCCGGAGCUGGAGGCGGCGCUGCCGCCGCACGGGCUGUGCGUCACAAUGCACACCACGUGCGGCCGCGGCGGCGACGUGCUGGCUGCCAUUGCCGCGAGCGUGGUGCAGACGGGCGGCACGGCGCAGGGGUACGUGUUCGACCUUGAGGGGACGCCGGCGGGCAGCGCGGGGCCGGAGCUGGUGGCGGGGCCGGGCUGGCGCCACGCGGCGUCGGUGUUGCAGCGACUGCUGGCGUAUAAUGCGCCGGAGGGCAACCGGACAGCCGGGCCCGCGAGCACUGGGGCCAGCGCCACGAAUCCCACUGCCAAUGCGACGGCGACAAGCGGCAGUGGCAGCAGCAGCAGCAGUGGCAGUGGCACUACUGGUGGUGGCGACAGCAGCGUGCAGGAGUUGUGUCGCGCCAUGAGCCGCCACUUCCUGGAGGGGCGCUGCCUGGUGACGUUGGACUGGGAUGUGCUACUGCUGUCAGCGGUGGCCAAGACGCCGCUGCUGCUGCAGCCGGGCGUGCUGGGUGUGGCGCCGCUGCCUGGCAGCCGAGUGGUGCUGGAACGCAGCAAUGGCAGCAGUAGCGUUGGCAGCGCCAGUAGCAACAGCACUGCUGGCGCUCGGUUGGUGCCCUGCACGCCGCAGCUGUGCCGCCUGAGUGCCAACCACGACCGCCUGUAUCUGACUCCGGAGGGGCAGCGGCAGGAGGUGCUGGACGCGGCCGCCGCCGCCAACGGCACCUGCACCACCGGCGAUGGGGCGCGCGUGGAGGCAGCGGCGCUGGCGGCGUCAAAGGCGCCGCCCGUCGAUGACGCCGUACUCAUCAAUCGGGCGCCGUACUCGGUCCUGUAUGAAUACUUCGUGUACAUCAACUAUGAACGCGUGGCGCUGGCGAACCUGGGUCAGGAAAUGGCGCUGGUGCAGCUCAACGUGGCGGGCAGGCUGUCCUCCGAGCGCAAGAGCCGCCAAGACGGACUGGACGGGCUGCGGGUCUCGCGCAAGCCCGCGGCGCCGGCGCCGGCGGCCAACACCACUGCGGCCGCCGCCGCCGCCUCAGGGUCGCAGCUGUCCCGGUCGGCCAGCGGCAUUGCGGGAGCGAGCAGCAGCAGCAGCACGGCUGCAGCGAAUGGGCACGCGGGCGGCUGGACGGGCAGUGCCUGGGCGGGUGUGCCCUGGUGGGGGCAGCUCGGCGACGACGGGGCGCUGGCGGCGGGCGCGGCGCCCUUCACGUCGGCGGGGGUGCCGCGGGAUGUGGCGGACUCCUACCUGCGCGCGAUGCUGCACGCCAUUCACUCGCCGAACGCCGCGCCCGACGUGCAGUCGCCGGGCCUGAUCAACUGGUACAAAUGGGCGCUGAGCUACACGGCCGCGUCGCUACUGCCGGCCAACGCAACCACCGCCGUGACAGCCACCCGCGGCGCCGGCCCGGACGCGGCGGCGGCGGCGCUCGGUGCGGCGUGGCAGCUAGUGGCAGCAGCCUACACGCCCACGGCUGUGCGUCGGGACUACCUGGCGUCCAUUGGCGUGGCGUCGGCGGGCGCAAACACAACUGACGAUAGUGAUACAGGUGGCGUCCCUGCCGGCGGCUCUUCCGGCUCGGGCUCGUCGUCCAAACAGCUGAGCACCAGCGGCGUGGUGGCGCUGGUGGGCGGCAUCGUGGGCGGCAUCGUGGCGGCGGCGGUGCUGCUGGUGCUGCUGACGCGGCGGCGGCGGCACAACCGUAACUUGCUGGGGCGGGUGGUGGCGCCGCGCGCGGGGCCGGACACCACCAUGCUCAUCACAGACAUCCAGAACAGCACCACGCUGUGGGAGGCCCUGGACGUGACGGUCAUGGACGAAACGCUCAAGAUGCACCACGACAUCAUCCGGCGCCUGCUGGCGCAGCACGACGGCUACGAGAGCGCUACGGAGGGCGACUCCUUCAUCGUGGCGUUCGCGGACCCCGCCUCAGCGGUCGCCUUCGCCACUGCCUGCCAGCUGGCGCUGCUCAAGGCGCCCUGGCCCGAGGAGCUGCUGUGCCACCCCGAUGCAGCCCCCGUGGUGGUGGACCCCUUGGACGCAGACAAUCGCGACGCCGCGCAGCGCGUGGGGCUGCCCUCCGGCCCCGACCGACCGCUGGCGCCCGCCGCGCCCGGCUCCUCCUUCCUCGCGCGCCUGGCCGCGCCGGCGCUGUACCUCUCCUCCCGGGUGCGGGUGGCGGCCGCGCGCUCGCAGGCGGCGCGGGAGUGGGCGGCGCAGGGCGGCGCUCCCUCCGGGCGGUGGUGGGUCGGGCCGCACCCGUCGGGGAUGGGGCAAGUGGUGCCCAUCGGCGGCGUGGGCGGAGUCGCCACGCCCGGCGGCACGAUCCUGCCGCCGCCGUACUCGUUACACGCCAGUGCCGUUCCGGGCGUCAUCGUGGGCGGCGUGGGCGGCGGCGGCGUCCCCAUGUACGACUGGGCCGGCGACGUGUCGGUGCGCGGCGGCAGCGGGUACGGCAACAGCAACAGCCCCGGCCCCAACGGCGGCGCCGCCGCCACGCCCUUCGGCACGGCGGCCGCGACCGCGCUGUACGGCGGCAGCGUGACGGGCGCCGCCGCCGCGGCGGUGUUCCGCCCCGGAGGCGGGCGCGUGCACUCAGAGGCGCACCUGGCCGCACGCAUGCACAUGACGGGUGGCCACGGCCCGCAACACGUGCCCAUGGGCGCCGCCAUGGUUCCAGGCAUGGGCGUGGGCGGGGUUCUCGGUGCAACCGCUUUCAACGGUAACGCCGCCGUCAAUGCCGGCAUGAGUCUGCCGGGGUCCAGCUUGGGCAGCUUCACGGCCGGUAGCGGGGCCGGGGCCCCAGGCGCCGCCGGGCCCCCAGGCAUGGGCGUAGGCGCGAUGGGCAUGGUGGGCGGCGGGCGGCUGCCGUCUGUGUCGGCGGGCAAGGGCGCCGCGGGCGCCAGCCGGUUCCGUCAGGCGCCUGUGACCGCCGCCGCCACCAUCACAGCCGACUCCAACACGCCGGGCGGCGGCGCCGGGGGCGGCGGCAGCGGGAGCCUGAGCGGCGGCGCGCCGGUUGUUGCGGGCGAGGGCGACGGCGCCAACGGCGCGAAUGGAGGAGGUGUGGAGGACCUGGAGCGGGUGAGCGGCGACGGGCACGUGUCGCAGGACUGCGGCAGCGGCACCACCGGCACCACUGCCGUGACGGCCACCACCGUGCCCGAUGGUGCGGCGCGCGGCGCCAGCAACUUUGGCGGCGGCAGCUUGGAGGGUGGCACGGCGAGCGCCGACGGCAUGAAUGCGGCACUGGGGGUUCUGUCAGUUAAGAAGGUGGCCGAACUGCCUGCUGGCAGUGCUAGCGGUGGCGGCACCGCCGCCGAGGGCCGCAGCGAUUCUUUCCUUGCGAUGAUGAAGAUGGGCGGCUCGCCGCUACCCAUGGGCGGCGGCAAAGUCUCUGGCAACGGGCUGCCCAAGGCGGCGGUAUCCAACAGCAGCUUCUUGCCGUCAGGCGACACCCACAACCGCCUCAGCAACCCCGGCGUCGCCGUGCGUGGAGAGUCCAUCACGGCCGCUGCGAUGCGGCUGCAGAGCGCGAGCGCCGGCGGGUUCAUGCCUGGUGGCGCCGCCACGCCGCCGCCGGCAGCGGCGCAGGCAGUGCCCUCUAUGUCUUCGGCCGGCGGCAUUUUUGGCGAAUGGCGUUGGAGCCGGAACGGCAGCACGGGCACUGGCUUGGGCAUGGCAAACGGCAUGGGCCCCAUCCCGUCCUUCUUCGGACGCCGCGCCCCAGGCGAGGCCCAAUCCACCCCCCUGCCCUUCUUUUGGGGCGGCGGGAACGCCACGCCCGGCGGCGGCCCCACGGCGCCGGGUGCUGCUACAACCUCCGGGGCCGCGGCCGUGCCUGCUACUGCCAGCAGCUGGUGGGAGGCGGAGCUGCAACGCGUGUUCCCGGUGGUGUCGCCCGAGGCGGUGCCGGGCUCGUUGCGGUCAGGUUACCCACUCAAGAGCCUGCGCGUGCUGCUGUCCAGCGGGCGCCUGGGGCUGGUGGCGUACCGGGGCUUGCGAGUGCGCAUGGGCCUGCACACCGGGCUGGAGGGUAACAGCUACAUCGCCUUCAACAAGGUGGACAGCAGCUACAAGUACAGCGGCCCCUUCGCCGAGACCGCCAAGUACGCCACGACCUCGGCGCCCGGCGGCAUGGUGGUACUGUCCGCGUCGGCCUUCGCCAGGCUGCGAAACAGCCUGCAGAAGAGUGACGGCGGCUCGCAGGGCGUCGUGGGCGCACGCGGGUCGCUAGUUGUGUAUGCUGGACACCACGUCUUGCAGCCGGCGGCGCCCGAAGGCAACGCCGCCGCGGCGUCCAAAUCCGCCGCCGCCGCGCUCUUUGGGACUGGCGUCAUCGGUGGCGGCGGCGGCGAUGGCCCCGUGCCCAUGUCGCUGCAGUCGGCGCUGAUGCGUGGUGCCAAUGCCAGCCGCCGCCAGACGGUGCAGCUCAACCUCACGCCCACGCCGCUCCUCCCCGACGACGGCCCGCCCACCACUCCCAAGGCUUCUGGCAACAGCGCAAGCACUGGCGCCGCCGCCGCCGCCGCCGGCACCACCUCCCAGCGCCAGUCUGGCGUCCUGGGGAGCAUUGCCGCCGGCUUCAGCCUCAAGCGGCUCAUCAGCUCGCACAUGGGCGGCGGCGGGGCCGGCACAGGUGCCGCCGCGGGCGGCAACCGCAGCGGCCGUGACCGCUCCAGCGGCGGCGGCAACCGCAGCAGCCGUGACCGCGCCAGCGGCGCCGGCAACCUGCGCGGCAGCAUGGGCGGCAUGCGGGCGACGGUGGGCGGUCUGAUUGUGACCAGCACGGUGGCUCCUGGGGAGGAGCUGGCUCUGUACCAGGCGGUGCCGCAGCCGCUGGUGUGUCGACUGGCGCUGUCACCGCCGCUGCGCAGCGUGCGGCUCAGCCAGGUCGGCAGCCUGGGGGCGCCCACCGGCUGCGUCACGGUGGCGUUCAUGUACGUGGUGGGCGCCUCCACGCUGCUGAACGACCUGCCCGGCCCCGCCGCGCGCGCGCUGGACCUCUUCCAGCGCCUGGCCUGCAAGCAGCUUCUGCAGACCCGCCCGCCGCCGCGCCGCCGCUCCGACACCUCCACCCUGCUCGGCCUCGCCUCCGACGCCCUCUCCACCACCAACCUCGGCGCCUACGCCAAUGCCCACGCGAACGCCGCUGCUGCUGCUGCCUUCGGCGCCGCCGGCGAAGCCGCCGGCGCCGGCGGCCCGCUGCCGCAGGCGCCGCCCCCUCCUCCUGAGGCCUGGUCGGGGCUGCCGGCUGUGUGCAGCCGAGCUGGCUACCUGGUGGAGGGCGGUGAGGGUCUGGUGCUGGCGGUGUUCAGGGACCCCACCGCGGCGGUGGAGUGGGCUCUGGACUGCGUGGAGGCGUUGAAGAAGCAGGACUGGGAGGACGAGCUGCUGUCGCACUGGCUGUGUGAGGAGGUGCUGUCCGUGGGCGUCACCGGCGGCGGCAACCAGCCCAUCACCAUGGAGCUGUCGCUGCCGCCGCUGGACGAGUCGGAGGCGGGCGGCGUGCCGGGGGCGUCAGGGGCCAUGCCGCCCGGCACGACGGCCGAUGGAUCCGACCCCGGCGCGACAGGGCUGCAGACGGCACCCGGAGCGGGCGCGGGCGAGGGGCGGAAGGCUCCCGCUUGGGCCAACGGCCGCAGCCGGCGCGGCGGGCUUGCGGUGUCGUUGGCGCCCAGCCCGGAAGCCGGAGCGGGCGGGGGCGCGGGGCCGGUGGGUGAAGGAACAGAGCCGGGCCUCAGCGUCGCUUUCCCGCCGGACGCCGAGACGGCGGCCAGACAGCACUCGAACUCCCGCGCCGGUUCCGACGCCGACUCUGGACCCGACGGUAGCGCCAGCAGGGUCCAGCGCGCCGGUCCGUCACGGCCCAUCUCCGCUGUAGCGCGGCCGCGCAGCGCCGCCUUUGCGCCCACCAUUGAGGCCAGUGGCGGCGGCGGCGCCGGCCCGGGGCUGGGGAUGCUGCCGCGCAGCCUGAGCCGCAAGCCGUCCAUGGCGCGCAUGGGCGCGCGCGCCAUGACGCAGCGCGUGCUGGAGCGGGGGCUGCGCAUCAAGGUGGGUAUUGACACGGGCCGUGCCAGCCACACGCUGACGGAGGCCAGCGGCCGCCUGAGCUACCGCGGCAAGGUGAUGAACCGGGCGUCGCGCGUGGCGGGCAAGGCCGCGCCCGGGCAGGUGCUCAUCACGGAGGAGGCCUGGAGCAUCGUGCUGGAGGCGCCGGAGAACCGGGUCAACAGCAGCGACGAGGAGGCGGAGGAGGAAGACCUGCUGCUGUCGGGAGGCGGCGCACGCGGCGGCGGCGGCGGCGGGGGUGGGGAGAGCGAUGGCGGCGCGCUGUCUGUGGCGGCGAGCAGCCGGCACAGUCGGUGGGCGCCGCAGAAGUGCGGGCUGGUGGGUGUGAGCCUGGGCAAGGUGGUCUUGCGCGGCGUGUCGCAGCCCGUGGAGCUCAUCCAGUGCAUGCGCGGCCGCGGCUGAGGACUUGGGGAGCUGCAGAGAUGGUCUUGCGGUCGGCCGGUUCCAGUUGGCGGAUGGCAAGCUCUGCGGGCUGGAGUAUUCGCUUGGCGUUGAAGGAUGGCCAUAAGUUGUGGUAUGAAAAAUGCAUGCAUGCGCACGAAGAUUCAUGGCCUGGCUCUUCGUGUCUUCUGGAACGAGGUUGCUUUCCAGGUUUGACGGUUGCACGUAUGACGACGCCAUUGCCGCUGUAUGCCAUAGACGAAUGCGAGAAUGCAGGUCGUGGCAGGUCACUGCCUGUUACCGCACUGACGACUUCACCUGUAGCAGUGUGCGGCGUGCCGCCUCGGCGGCUAGGAUACCCGUAACGGUAUACUUUAAGAUGUGGUGAUUGCGGGUGAUGGUGAUGAACAUGGAAUGGCCUUGAGACGCCAGCUCCAUGGUUUCACGACCACAACGCUUGACGCGUCUGAAAUGGUUUGUCAUGUUGUCUUCAUUAUCCAAACAGCGUGACCGAGGCUGUACUAACACAGGAGGAAGGGCGGCAGUUGCGUGCCGUGCCAGAUCCCAACUUGUCUGAACGAUUCACGUGAUUACAGACAUGGCUGCUUCGCCUAUACACACAGGACACAUGGGUUUCCGACGAUGGGUACUGCUCCUUAUAUUCCUUGGAAUCCAGCCGCAUGGCUGUGAAUGUUUUUGCGCGCAAAGCUUCAUCGUGGGCACAUAGGGAGAUCAGCCCAAUGGCACAGAGUUGAGGUGCUGCUGGCAGAUAUGCAAAACUGUGGACUUGCAUGUGGAGUUGGGGCCGAGGUUGGCAAGACGGGUAACGGCCCCCACUGUGUGGUGCAGUCGGUGGGCCCGCGUUGUUCACGUUAUUUAUGCAGAGCUGAAGGGCGGGGCCCCUCAAGCCGGCGGUGAGCGCACGGCCUUAGUGUCCUGGAGGGCACUGAAAAUGCAUUUACCCUUGUCAUGCAUAGCUACAAUUUACUUGGUAGGCUGCUAGAACCCAAGCGCAGUGCGCGAUUGUGGGGGCACUGCGUGUGAUGCCACCUGUUGGGCGGUCUUAGCCUUUUUGUAAAGCUUCGGUAGGCAUUCAUACAAUGUACUAUUUGUUUUGGUCUUGCGUCGGUUAUAAUGUCACACGGAGCGGUGUCGCCCGCCCACUGGCCGGCUAUGCCUUCGUGUGCUGCUUCGACAAUGGGGGGUUUCCGUUUGGGCCGGAGAUGGUCCUUCUUGUAAUGUCACCCACACGUG